AUGUUGCUUUUCGAAGGCACUAGCGAAGAAUUUGUGGAAUAUGACCAGAGAGAUGGGCUUGAAGAGCUUCAUGUGCCAAGAAGGAGGCCAGACCAAGUCUUCGGUCUGGCAAGAACACCGUCGCUCGAUCUAUACGCCCGCGCUGAAAAACUCAGGGGUUUACGGCACAGUCCUUUCUCAAACGUAGAGCUGCUGUACCCGUUCCUCAUUUGCGAAGCCAAGUCUGAAGGCCGUGGACCGGGAUUUGAAUCCAUCGAAACUCAGACCGCAUUUCCCAUUCGCACCUGCCUCCAGCUCCAAGAUGACCUCCGCCAACGCAGUGGCGUGCAGUUGAGUCCGUUCGUUUGGUUUAUGGCUUAUCAAGGAGACGAGUGGAGAGUCGCAGGCUGUUUGAUGCACGAAGGGCGAUACCAAAUAAUCGACCUUUGGAUGGGAAGAACAACGUCCCUAGAUGGCGCUUUACAGCUACUCCUCAUCAUCGACUCGAUCUGCGAAUGGGCCCGAGACGUCUUCCGAUUCGAGAUUUCCUCGUGCCUUGCCGGUGGGAAAGAUAACCUCCGCGGGAUCAGCCGUCGCCAUGGAUCACCAGCGGUGACGUAUGCGAGCCGCUUCUCUACGCAGGAACCGCAAUAUGAAGGCACGACGAUCAUUUCGGUACACGGAGAUGCACGCCCCAGUUCAAUACCGGAAACAGACGUCGACAUCACCGACUUUGCAGAAAAUGCUUCCAUUGCCAGUCUAACGCUGGAGGACUCGAUGAUGGAACUGGAUGGCAUAACGGAAGACCCUUCAGCAGCAUGUCAGGACGAAAGUGUUGAAUUGUAUGGAGAUGUUGUUUCCCAUCCUCUGCUGAAAUGGGUCAAAAUUUCUUCCACUGGCGUCCCUUGGACCGCGCAUGCCACGAUUCGGCAUUCGAACAUGUGCUUAUUUGCCUUUUCUCAUCUCUCACUUCCGGAAGAGCUCGAUUUACUUUUAGCAUGCUUGCGGCAAGCGAGCAGCUGGGGAGUCGGUUCCAUCCGUAAAAUCGCGACGAGUUUGGUGAUGAGUCUCACGGACCACUCAUUCGUGAGGAACACAACAAUGGGUUCCAUUCUUCAGUUGAGAAACGACUGGUUGCGGGAGGACGAAAAUACGUCUGUUGACUCAGAAUAUCCACUUCGUGCAUUAUUCGUCUUCCGCACAUAUAUCCGAACCUCUGACUGGCAAAUCAUUCGCGAGCUGUUGUGUAUCAGCUGCACGGCUCAAACAGCACACAAUUUGGCGAAAAUCGCCGGCUUUAGCGCUGAGAGUCUGCGGAUUCGGAUGCAGCAGUCAUCAAAUGAACACCCACUUCCGAUAUCUGACUUUGAGGCGCUUCGGGGACUUACUGGAAGUGACGCGGCUUCAGCAGCCAUUAGUUCCAAGGUCCUAUAUCAUUGUCUGACUCCAACACGCGAGGAGGCUGGCGGUUUCAGCUGUUCGUGGGAAAGUCGUCUUGUUUCGGAAGACAUGAAAAUUUCGUUCUCGAUGUUGGCUCCAAGCAUUUGCUUCUCUUUGGACAGGAGGACUGCUCUGAUGGAAGUCUUGAAGAAGCCAUCACCAAAGAACCUCCGCUAUCACUUAGGACCGGAUGUAGCAGCUAGAAAAAGCGCAAUCCUUCUCCAUAAAGGAAAUCAUUGGCCCCGAACAACUCCGAGCUGGUGUCUGAUGAUAUUGGAUGAACUUGAGCUUGAGAGAAGCGGAGAGCUUGCACGGCGCCUCUCGACUCAAGUAAGCUAUCACGCGUUUCAUUUCGCUCCUCGGAGUGACGAGGCAGGAGAGCCAUUCUCGAGAACGAUGGAUUACAGUGGUGAUAAGGAGUUCUUGGAGUUCUGGGCGGAAGAUUUACGUGGAUAA